AUGGCUAAGAGCGAGGUGCCCGCCGGCGGGGAAGCGCAGCCGGCGCCCGCCGGCGUCGCGAUUAAAUUUGACAAGACGGCGAUCAUCGUGUCGGCGGUGGUCGGGUCCCUGGGUUUGCUGAGCGCCAUCCUGGGCUUCGCCGCUGAGGGUGCGAAGCGCAACAAGGCGAGUUCUUCCGUCGGGCUGGGGGUCUGCGCGGCCAUCUUCCUGCUGAUAACGCAGAUCACCGUGGCCGCCAUCGGCGGCUGCUGCGGCUGCUGCAAGUCCCUCGCCAUCCCGUCGGAGACCAAGCGGAUCGUCGGCGUCGUCUGCGCGGUCUUCUCAUGGGUACUGGCGGUGACCGCGUUCGGGCUGUUCCUUGACGGCGCGAUCGUGGAGUCCGACUGCUUGCACAUCAUCCAGGGCGGCUUCUUUGCGGCCGGCGGCGUGCUGACCCUCAUCGUCACGGCCCUCGGGAUGACAUCCUACUUCAUGCUCCGCACGGAGCGGCAGCCCAGCGAGCCCGCGGCGGCGCGGCGUCGGCCGGCGCCUCCGGUGGACGAUGAUGAACCCACGCCGAUCGACGUCGGGGUCCCGGUGGGCCCCGGGUUCCCGCCGGUGUCUCCGGUUCGUGCGCCGCCUGGUCCUGCUUUUGCUGCUGCUCGAAGCCAUGCUCAGGUGUAG